AACAUUUUAGGCGCCAUUAUCUAAUCGCUAUCUCACUCGUUGUGGUGCUGUUCAUUUCAAGUUUGAACAUCUUAAGUAGAGCAUUCUGUUUCUGAUUUUCUUGAUCACAGAAUAUUGUGACUCAUCUACUGUGAACUGAAGUUUGAUGGAAAAGAACCACAACCUUUGAACUGGCACGAAUUAAUUAGUGAUAUUGCUCGAUUGCGUUAUUAUUAAACACCAUUUCAACUUGAGAAAAAAAUCAUUGGUCGUAGUGGACAAAGAACGAGAUGAUUGUUACGUGGCCUUCACAGUGAGGCGGCAAGCAGGGAAAGAGCACGGCCAUGAUGAACCGAAGACACGUGUGCCAAAAUCCUUUUUCCAUUGCAACGUCAUCAGCGUGAGACUAUCUGCCAUUCCAGGAAGAACUGAAAAUUUCUAUUUGUUCAAAUGAUUAUGGAGACUGUACUUCCACGUGUUCGUCAUACUAAUGACCACCUUCGGCUGUGCCCUUGCUCUGCUUGUCCUUCUCUUUCUGAAAGAGUCAUCAUGUGGUCAGAACAAUUCCAUUCUACUUUUAUGUCAUUGAAGACCAAAACAUGAGUACCAGAAGACAACACACAAGGCAGAUGUAAUGGACCCGCAGGAGGAUUAAGGUGUGGACAAUUGGAUGCUGCCACCUGGUGGCGUUCAUCUGAAAAUUCCCUCUUCGCCCGUCCGUUCCUCCCCGAAAAAAAAACAAACAAUUGCGUCGACAUUCAAUGCAUUCGAACGACAAACAUCGUGUCUUCAUGGCCGCUAAAUUGGAGACGGACAGCAGCCGCUAGCAGCUGCGAUUAUCCUUCUGUAUACCGUGCAUCUUUCAUCAUCAUUUUCUCUCGUCAACAAGGACUACCAACUAUUUUUCUGAUUGGCGAUUUUGAACGAGAAACUUCCUGGUUGCGACUGAGAGAAGGUCCACAAAAAGCGUCGAGUGUUGUUGCCGCUGUGUGUGGAUAGGCAAACAUUUUCAUGUGUUGCAUGCGGGCGAAACAUGGCUGAUUUGAUCGGUCGACGCCAACAACCAACAACGGCGACCCUUGCUUCUUCAACAGUUCAUUGCGAGCUGCAGUGGCGUUCGGAAGAGGAAGACUCGGAGGAGCAUACGGAAGAUUCGGCUUCGUCGUCGUCUGACGAACGUGAACCGUUGCACAUUGAAGCUGCUCAACAGCAGCCGUCUUACUUGGCAUCAAGCGCUGGUGGUGAGCCUUUCAGCAACCACAUCGGCGGCGUCACGCCCAAUCAUCCAGGUUAUAUCGAACCGGGUUAUCAGCAUCAACCGCGUCAUUUGAAUCAUCUCGACAUGUCCGAAGACGAUUUCGAAGCCAUGUACAACAAUUGCGGUGAGGAGCUUUACGAGUCGGAUCCGCAUCAAGGACACCAACAACACAGACAGCAACAGGGCACCACUGGCCAGCGUAACAACGGUCAACAUCGCCGGUCAACUAAAGCGCAACACAUUGGAUCUUCGCCGCGCAGUGCGGCGAUGGGUUCGCGGUCGGGGCGAGGUCAGCACCAACAACAGCAUCAUCAUCAUCAUCACCAUCAGCAAGCGGCCGCACCACCGGCGGGACUCGGGUCACAACAGCAACCGCAAGAUUUGAUGAUGAACAGCCCCCAGCAUCAACAUCAUCAACGAUCGGGACGUGGCGGCCGCUUGCCGCUCGGUUCGAAAUCGCCGUCGGCCAGUAGCCAACAGUCGGAUCCCAUUUACCCGGACGCCGGCAUGGAACCGUACUCUACCCUAUCAGAUCAUGGAACGCCGCCGCCGGCUCCCGCUCCCAGCAAUGGCAUGGGAGCACCUCCGCCUCCACCGGAUUUCCCGCCUCGCGGUUCGUCCUUCAACCAUCCGAGCUUGAUUGCGCUGCAGGGACAACAGCCGCAGCAACAGCGUGCCGCCACUCUGGUGGUCACCAAAGACAACAGCGACGAGCCUCCGACCUACGAAGUCAUUCCCUACUCGACCGGCAAGGCACCGUCGAAUUCCGGCUGGAACUUUCUACCGGCCGACAAUAAUCGCCAGCACGGCAGUCACACGCUCGGCCAUAACACGUUAAACAGGGGCCAUCACAACAGCCCAAACACGGUCUCCUCGUCCAACACCAAUUCGAUGAUGAUGAACGCUCCGAAUAAUCACCACGUCUUGACGCCCGUGCCUGGUGACCCGUCUGGCCGUCUCGUCAUGACUCUACUGCCCAGCCAAGGCCCUCAUCACGAUCUGAUGCACGGCCAGCACGAUCCCAAUCUCCAUCAUCACAGCGGAGCCAGUCACACUAGCAGUAGUCAUUCAACGAGAUACAAUCAUCCAGGGCACGGAACGAGCACGAGCCGACAAACGUUAACGUCGUCGCUGCAAUCGUCGUGGCUGAUGCGCCGUGGCAACGGAGACGCUCGGUCGUCCUCAUCCGGUGCCGAUAUGAAUCAUCAUCAUCACCUCGGAUUGGGCGUCAUCGGCGGAGGCCGCGGUGUAGGCGGUGGGCCUGGAAAAGGUUGCGCCACCCCUCAAUGCUCCUGGCGCCUUUUAGCCAUCGCUCUUUUGCUCACCUGUGGUCUACUAGCAGCCGCUCUCGCCUACUUCACCGUGAGUUCCAUCGGAGCAUCGACGGCGUCAGAUCCGAACUGCAUCCUGAUUGAAGACGCCCAAGUCACGCUGCCACGGGAGGAGAAGAAUAACAAUAGUAAAAUGCCUGUCAAAGAAUCUGCACCGCCUCGAACUGCUUCCAGCUCCGUAGCGAGUAACGGAGAUCCUGGUGGAAGUGCCGGCGAUGGCGGAACAGGACGACCGUCACGACAGGAACAACCGGUUUCUUUAAAUGAAACGCCUUCCAGCAAAGACGGCCUGUCUUUACCAGAUCUCAGUGGUCCGGUGUCUAUCAGCUCAUCCGCUAACGGAGCCCUGGAACUGGAAGCCGAUGGCCGUUUUAAGCUUCUAACGAUCGAACCAGCUCAAUUGUGGGUAGCCUACGUGCAAAUUGGCGGUAGCCAAUCUGCUCUCCGGAUGGAAGUCCAACUACCCCGCGGAGCGCCGUUCGCGUUGUACGGACGUCGCAACGCCGCACCUUCCAUUACCCAACACGAUUUUAGCCAAUUUGUCCAUGACGAGACGUUGAUGGCCAGAUUCCGGCGUCAGUUGAAUUCAUCCAGCUCAGCGGCUGCCAACCGGCCCGCUUAUUACAACACGUCACUUGUCAAACCGGUAGAACCUGGUCGUUGGUUCUUGGCCGUCUAUAACGACGAUUCGCAGCGUCAAGAGGUCGCCAUUGGUUUAACAUUAACCAACGAAGUGGCCACCCCUUGUCCGGACGACUGUAACGGGCGCGGCCAGUGCCUCAACGGGAAAUGCGUCUGUCGUGAUGGCUUCGCUGGAACGGACUGCUCGACAAGUGUGUGCCCGGUUUUGUGCAGCGGCCGAGGCGCUUACGGUGGAGGCCGUUGCCAUUGCGAGGCCGGCUGGACAGGUGCAGAAUGCGACCAGCCUUACAGCGAACUCGGCGCCGUUUCCAGUUCAUUAGCUCCUGGCAGCGGAUUCAUCAUCAGCUGUUCCAUUCCCUGCUCGAUACAUGGAACGUGCGUCAACGGCCGUUGCCAGUGCGACCCUGAACACACGGGCGCUUCGUGCGAGACCCCCUUGUUGACUUGCCAAUCGGAUUGCGGACCGAACGGCCGAUGCGUAAACAGCAGCUGCUUGUGCGCGGCCGGAUGGACGGGCUCGCGUUGCCACCUAGUGUCUACGUCGUGCGAUCCGCGUUGUAGCCAACACGGCCAAUGCGUCAACGGAACUUGCAUCUGCUCCCGCGGAUGGAACGGACGCCAUUGCACUCUCGACGGCUGUCCUGGCAAUUGCGGCAACAACCGGGGCGUUUGCCUGCAGAGCGGCAAAGUCGGAAGCGGAAUCAACAGCUUGUUGCAAUCGAACCAGUUCAGAUGCGAAUGCGCUCCCGGAUGGACGGGACCCGAUUGUUCCAUCAUGACGGAAACAGAAUGCAGCGACGACAAGGACAAUGACGGCGAUGGAUUGACUGAUUGCGCAGACAGCGACUGCUGUUCCAACCCGUCCUGCACCGACCAUUUGAUGUGCCUCGCCUCGGCCGAUCCAGCCGAUAUCGCCGCCCGUAAGCCGAUCCUAUCCAACAGCGGCGGGGGCGGUGGCGGCGGCGGCGCCAGUAGUUUCUACCAACGGGUGAAAUUUCUCGUCGAAGACAACGCCGUCCAAAGCUACGCCCACAAGGACGAAUACGUCGAUAAGAGGGUGGCAGUAUUGCGCGGAAGAGUCUUGUCUCAACAAGGAUUAGGCGUGGUGGGUGUUCGUGUCAGCGUCGAUCGUCAUCCUCGUUUGGGUUUCACGCUUACGCGUCACGGCGGAUGGUUUGACAUUUUGGUGAACGGUGGAGGAGCGGUAACGCUGCAAUUUCAGCGCAAUCCUUACCGGCCGGAAAUGAGGACCGUUUGGGCAGCUUGGAACCGCAUUGUCGUGCUGGACAAAGUCGUUCUCCGACUCGGAGACAGCAGCGAUAGUCUCCCAUCCAGCAACUCUGGCGACCGAAAUUCUAAGCUGACUAGCGACAAACCUCAAUGUCGGAUUGACGAAUUGGAAAUGAUUCAACCGAGCGUGCUCAACGCGCAAGACGCUGAAUUCCAUCAUCAGUCAGGCGACGGACAACUGGGUCUCCUGCUGGCCGAUAAACAAGUUUUGCAGGAAGUUGUACCGAUACCCGGAAUGGCCGAUUACAAAUUGGUUUAUCGGUCGGAAAACGCCAUCAACUAUCACUCACUGCUCAGGCUAAGACUGACUCCGGCCGGCGGCAUUCCGUCGCAGCUCGGCUACGUCCACCUCCGCCUGGUUGUUGAAGGCACCGUUAGCGAAGUGACGCUGGAAGCCGAAGCCAAUUUGACUUACGCGUUCGCCUGGGACCGGCACAAUGUUUACGGCCAGAAAAUUCACGGCAAAACGGAAGCUUACGUCCAUGUCGGAUAUCAGAGUUCGGCCGACGGAUGCCCUACGUCAUGGCAGACGUUGGUGGCGCCUAUGGCCGGCUUCGCUCCCAACAUCUCGGCUCUCGGCGAAUUCAACGUCGAUGUCCAUCACCAUUUCAUCGCCGGGCAGAACGUCCUCUUUCGAGGUGAUGGUGGCCAAAUGGAUCUGAAAUCCGGCCCGCGUCAUUUGAACCUGAUCAUUGGCACCGGGUCACCACGAUCCCUGACGUGUGUUGAAUGUCAAUCGGCUUCUCCGAGCGCCUACGCCAAGAUCCUCAAUCCGGUUGCGAUGGCUUCGGCCGGAGACGGAUCCCUUUACGUUGGUGAUUUCAAUUUGGUGCGGAAGGUGACCCCCGAAGGCCGAGUCUUUACCGUGCUUCAUUUGCCGACGGGUCAAGUUUCCUACUCGUAUUACUUGGCCGUCUCGCCUAUCGACGGAUCGUUGUACUUGUCUGAUUGCGAGAGGAAGCAAAUCCUGCGCGUAACGGCCGUCAGCGAGGAGCAGCUUUUGAAUCCGUCGUCGCCAUCCUCCCUGGCCGGAUUGGACAACAAUUACGAGGUCGUCGUCGGAUCGGGAGAACCUUGCCUGCCCGCCGAUCCUGAAAUGUGCGGUGACGGUCGUCCGGCUCUCGAUGCCCGUCUGGUUUUCCCCAAAGGCGUCGCUGUAUCACCGGAUCGCAUUUUGUACUUUGCCGACGGAACUUCGAUUCGCUAUGUCGACGGUAGCGGCAUCAUCCGGACUCUAGUCGGCCGUCCAGCCAAUCCGAUUUACGGACUCCAUCCUGCACCUUGCAGUGCGGCUGUACGUCCUACGCACAUUCAGCCGCUUUGGCCGACUCAGGUGGCUCUCAAUCCCAUCGACAACGCGCUGCACUGGAUCGAUAACAACGUCGUCCUCAAGAUGACGGCAUCGCAGUACGUGCAAGUGGCAGCCGGACAGCCGCAGCACUGCGCGGCGCAGUCGGCUACGCCUGUCACGUCCGCCAGCCACAUUGCUGGAUUCGCAUUCGGACCAGCCGGUCAGCUCUAUCUGGUGGAGAAACCUGGAGUCAAUUCGACUCGACUAGUCGAAACGGAUUCCAGCGGUCGGAGCGAGCCGUUGAAAUGCAUGUCCGGCGAUGUGACAGUGCCUUGCAGCGUUCCCACCGCGAUUAGCUCGAUGGCCGUCUCGCCUGAUGGAGCCGUCUACGUGGCUGAUAAGCAAUUGCUGCAAAUCUUUGCGUUAGAUUAUGCCAAUCCGCAACCGGAUCCGCUGUCAGGCGAAUAUUCCAUCAACUGGCCGGCUUUAGGCGAAGUUUUGGUUUUCAAUCGCUACGGCCAGCACGUGACUACCAAAGAGCCCGUCAGUGGCAACAUCAAAACGACUUUCUCUUACACGCGCAACGGACCGUCCGGAAGGUUAAUGGCCAUAAUCGAUUCUCGUGGUAACAAGGUGGACUUUGUCCGCGAAUCGGGCGGCGAUCAGUUAAUCCAGGCUAUUGAGACCAGCGCAGCCGUUAAAAGUCAUCUGACUGUUAGCCGAUUGACUGGCUCUUUGACGCACAUCAACUCUUCCAACAACUGCUUCACUCUAUUCGAUUACGAUUCCGUAUCGAAAUUAUUGAUUGGCCGGACAGAGUCGGACGGACUGACCACCAUUUACCGCUACGAUCAGAACGGAAGGCUCAUCCAAACUGUCCUGCCGGACGGUGAACGAUACACGUUCGACACCGCCGCGACUUCGUCCAGCAUCCGUGUUUCCUUGGAACGUGACAACCCAGUCGAGUUAAUCAUCUCGGGCCCUGCCGUUCAAUCAGGAGAGAACAGGAUGACUUACAACUUGAUGAAGAAUGGCACAUCGCUCGUGGAAUGGGCUGCUGACAGCCAGUACAGCUUCCAGCCCGUGCUGCAGGGCGGCACCGAAGGAUGGUCGGAGAGAUUGCAACUGUCUGGCGGUUCGGCAAUCCGUGGCGAAUGGACGACAAGCCUUCAGGUUGGAAGCAGCGGCAGUCGUUCUCGAGACAAAUCGAUUAGGAUCAACGGAGCCAAAUUUCUUGUCGCUGAGGUGGACAGUCAGACCGGUGGGCGGCAAUUGUACGACAACGACCGCCAAUUGGUGAUGGGACUUCAUUGCGAUUCGCAAGGCCAUUUGAAGGAACUCCGAUUGCCACCGGGUUUCCACGGAAUUCGCUACAACUACGAUGGGAAUGGCCGUCUUCAAAGCUGGGUGUGGGGUCAACGUCAGGAAGUUUACAGCUACGAUACGCGUGGAUUGCUGGCCGAAACACGAUCUCGGUCGGAUUCUGGCAAUUCGGGAUCAAGGACAAUCAUUUACGGUCCCAACGAUGUGCCAACGAAGAUCACUUUGGCCAGUGGACGAUCCUUCAGCUAUGCCUACGACGAAUCUGGAGGCCUGAAAUCGUUGACGCUCCCGUCCGGCAACGGCCGUCAUAGUUUCUCUGUCCAACCUUCCAUGGGUUACUACAAGUUGGUCUACUUACCGCCGGGCAGCAGUACGAGCGCGUCUAGCCAGAGCGCCUACGUCGAGCAUUACGAUUCGGAAGGCCGGAAGCUAUUGAUUAUGUUCCCUGGCGAGAGCGGACGGAUCGUCUAUCGGUAUCGCGGAUCGCAAUUGGCCGAGGAGGUGUGCGGCGAUCGUCGCAUUGACUAUUCAGCCCAAGUGGACGGCGUUACAACGACUACCGUGACUGAACGGGAGUUUGAAUUGCGUUCGGACGUGACCGCCAACAGCGCCGGAUUAGUUUUGGAAGAUAAGACGGAGUACGGGGCGAAAACGGGACUGGCUGGAUUCAAAUUCGUCUACAGUUACGAUUCGUUGUUGAGGGCUUCCAGCAUCAAGGGCAGAAUCGGCGGACAAAUUCUGCCCGAUUGGCCUCUCAGCUACCAGUCCAAAACGGGCUCUUUGGAACAGAUGGGUCAGUUUAAGAUAUCGCGGCUGCGACCGAAUGAAACCUCCUACUUUGACGGAACGGCCAUUUUCAGCCGAACUUUGAACCCACAUUUGGAGCUGUCCGCUUCGUCGUUGACACUACACAACGAAGAAGUCUUCCGCAUGGAGUUGAACUACGACGCUGCUGGCAAGAUCAAUCAGACUCGCACUUAUACGCGCUACCUCGGACUCAAAUCGUACGUCAACAUCAAGAACCUGACGUACGACGCUGACGGCCAAUUGGCCUCGGUGGAGGCUCCGGAAUCGUGGCGUUUCGGCUACGACCAGCACGGCAACUUGGCUAAGUUGACCUACCGUGGAAACUCCAUUCCCAUGCAACAUAACGGAUUCGAUCGCCUCGUCAAGUUCGGCGAAGGUGCCUAUCAGUACGACGACGCUGGCAACGUUAUCCAGAAUGCGAGGGAAGAGAAAUUCCAAUGGUCGGCCUCCGGACUUCUGAUACGCGCUCAGAAGAAGGGCAUGUUUGAUGUCAGGUACUUUUACGAUCACCAGCGCCGUCUUGUCGGUCGGCGAGAUCAGCACGGCAACGUGACGCAAUUUUUCUACGCCAAUCCGCAACGUAAGCAUCAAGUGAGUCACAUCUUUAGCCCGCGAGAUCUUCGAUUGACGACGUUGACCUACGACGAAUUCGACCAUCUGAUGCACUUCCAAAUCUUACGUCAUCGCUACUAUGUUGCCACGGGCGACCGUUGUGGCACUCCGUCGGUCGUUUUUAGCCAAAAGGGCGAAGUGGUCCGCGAGUUGGUCCGUUCUCCUUACGGACACGUCGUUUACGAUUCGAACCCUUACCUUUACAUGCCGAUUGAUUGGUGCGGAGGCAUCGCAGAUCCAGCCACGGGACAUGUUCACGUCCGUGGUGACCGCAUUUACGAUCCCCUCAUCGGCCAAUGGCUCAAUCCCGAAUGGCGACGAGCAACGAAGAUGACCUAUCAACCCGAACUGGUCCACUUGUACAGAUUACCCGGCAAUGAUCCCGUCAACUUGGAUGCGUUUGGUUUGACUGGUAAUCUCCGCUUGUCUCAUAGCAGCCGCUACCCACAAUGGCUCAGCCGGAUGGGAUACCAACUGCCCAAGAUCCCGUCCCCUUAUGACAAUGAAAACAACGCUCUUGUUGCAAGCAAAUCGAUCGUCAGGCAACCGCCAAUGUUGACCACCAGUCGACUCUUGGAAUUGAAUCAAAGACGCAAGACGCUUCAGGAAUUCACCGAUUUCUCGUCCAAGUGUUCGACUCCCAACGCCGACAAACUCGAGUUGAAUAGCAUCCGCUUUGCUCUGGCCCCGUCGACGCUGGGCCGAGGCAUCCUGGUGUCCCGGAGCUCCGACGGUCGGGCUGUAGUUUCUUCGACGUCUUUAGCCGACCCGGUCAUUCGCGACGUGUUCACCAACGUCUUCAAUAACUCGCGUUGGUUGAAUCUCACGCUGCCCGGUCACGGUCACGGCCAGGACACGUUUCAUUUUUUCAAGCGCGGUGACAACGUACGAAGCAAAGUCGCUGAGGAUAUGGCCGCUUUACGCCGCUUGGGACCCAACGUUAAUUUAACGAUGCACGACACGCCGGAUACGGGGGCCAAAGAAAUCAAGAUCGCCACUGGUCAUGGUAACUUUGUGGUCAUCUACGGUACCGAUUUAGGCGCCGAAACUGAAUUACUCUGGCGGCAUUCUGUCAAGUUAGCCGCCCGACGAGCCUGGCACCGCGAGCAAAUCUUGGCCCGCCGUGGAGGUAUUAACACAUUCCUCAUGACGCAGACUGAGAUGGAACAGUUAUCUCGUGAUGGCCACCUCCCGACGUACCGGCCGGAAUUGCAGCAAUCGCUCUGGAGUUAUCCCAUGCUAGCCGAUGAUCCCACAGCCAUGAGAUUCCGUAAACGCAACGCAGCUGGAACUUCGCUGGAUGUGCCUCGUCGUUAAGGGGCACGUUCCACCUGGGGUUUCAAGAAGAAUCUGCGAUGGAAAUUGUCCCUACAACUGUGAUACGUGCCAAACUAUUAAAAAAGUGCCCCCCCCCCCUCCCAACCCAAUCUAAUGUUUCUCCAAUUUUGCUAUUCGUUUUUCUCCAAUUCAUCUCUUUAUGAUCCCGCACGUAUACGACAUUUGUCGUAGUAUAUACCGUUGGGAAGCUAUAUAGCAGAGUAUUAACCUUAUAAAAAUACUAGCCUAUUAUGUCUGACUAAUCCAAACCAAUCCGUUCUAGUACUGACAAUUUUCACGUCUUUUGUAGUCGUGGUUUUUUGUAAAUUUUGCUUAACGGCCAACUCACAAGUCAACUUUAAGAAAGCAAAGGGGACAUUUUUUUGAAAGUACGUGACAAAUCUAACGCUGCGUUAGUUCGCUGACAUCAAUGCCAGAAUUGAGUUCAUAUUUUUUAAAAAAGGGGCGCGGUAUGGAAGUUCUGCACUGCUUGCGCAGCUCAUGGCUGAUUUUUUAUUUGAUUUUGAAAAGUGACAAGAGCACAAUUUGGUUUGAUCGAUUCUCUUCUUAAUAUUUUUGCUCUCUCGUAUUACAGUGGACAUACAUAUAUAUACAUAUGAUUAUAUAAAUGCUGCCGUAUAUUAUUCUAAAAACUUGUAUAAAAUUCCCUGUAUUCGUUUCAUCUGUUGUGUUAGCUCUCAUUUGACUGUUUCUGAUCAUGUUGUCAUAAAAUGUUCAGUGCUGUGUGUAUUUUAAAAACUCUGAAUUAACUCGUCGCUGGGAAAAUAAAAGAAAUAUAUCUAAUAAAA